UAACCUAGCUAGUGUGCAGUGUGCGAAAGGAACAACCCCAAACGAGCUCUGUCGCUUAUUGGUGACGACAACUAGGAACCUGGAGUUAAACACGCGUGUUCACUGCAGCCGUACAGAGAAGUGUUUUGAUGCCGGGGUAAACAAGGCAACACCAUGGCCAACACUUUGGGAAAGCUGAGUUUCAACAAUAAGAUCAUUCUAGCCCCAAUGGUGCGGGUGGGCACUCUACCUAUGAGGCUCUUGGCACUGGACUAUGGUGCAGAUAUUGUCUACUGUGAGGAACUAAUUGACAUCAAAAUGGCUCAGUGUGAAAGGGUAGUGAAUGAUGUUUUGGACACGGUGGAUUUCAUUGCUCCAGAUGAGAGGGUGAUGUUUCGAACCUGCAGUAAAGAAAAGGACAGGGUCGUCUUUCAGAUGGGGACUGCAGAUCCAGAUAGAGCCCUGGCAGUGGCCCAACUUGUUGAGAAUGAUGUGGCAGCUAUUGAUGUCAAUAUGGGCUGUCCAAAAGAGUACUCCACCAAGGGCGGAAUGGGAUCUGCUCUCCUCUCUGAUCCUGAAAAAAUUGAGACUAUUCUUACCACUCUUGUGAGAGGAGUUUCAAAGCCUGUAACCUGUAAAAUCCGAAUUCUUCCCACUCUGGAAGAGACUGUGAGUUUGGUGAAGAGAAUUGAAAAAACAGGGGUGGCAGCAAUAGCUGUCCAUGGCAGGAUGAAAGAUGAGAGACAGAGACACCCUGUUCACUGUGACUACAUUCAAGCGGUAGCUGAAAAUGUUUCAAUACCUGUCAUAGCAAACGGUGGCUCCCAGGAUCAUGUAAAAACUUAUCAGGAUAUUGAGAAAUUCCGAGAAGCAUCUGGAGCAUCCUCUGUCAUGUUGGCUCGAGCUGCAAUGUGGAACCCUUCAAUCUUCCGCAGCCAGGGGGCGCUGCCAGUGGACGAAGCUAUAGAGGAAUACAUCAAAUAUGCUGUUCGGUAUGAUAACAACACAUUCAACACCAAAUACUGUGUGUGCCAGAUGUUGAAGGACAGAGUGGAAUCCCCAAUGGGCAAACAGCUCCAUGCUGCACAGACUAACGCAGAAAUUUGUGAGGUGUUUGGAAUGACUGAUUUCUACAAAAAGGCCCAGGCUGAUCUGGAGAGCCGGAAAAAGGACCUUCAGCAGAGCAGCAGCAGUGACCUUUUUGAUCAGCCUAUGCUGGAUGGUGAUGUCAUCACCAUGGCUGUGAAGUUUGAAAGGAGAGAAUAUCCCCCACAGAUCACACCAAAGAUGUAUUUGCUGGAAUGGAGUCGAAAAGAGAAGAUGGAGCAGCCAGUGUAUGAAACGGAGCAACGUGUCCAAGACAGAGCUUUUCAGUCCACAGUGUUGGUGGCGAAUAAAAAAUAUCGCUCCACCUUGUGGGAGAAGUCAAAGAAGUUUGCUGAACAAGCUGCUGCUAUCGUAUGUCUGCGUACGCUUGGGUUGCCCGAGGGCCGUAUCGGAGAAGAGAACUCAGGACUAGUGAACAAAAGAAAGAGAGAGCAGAGAAGCCGUGACGUUUCACAGGACAGUGGUAUUACAGACUCAACAAACAGGAAGCGACGGAGCACUGAGCCAUCACAGAAAGAGGAACAGGAGUCAAAUGACAAGAUAACUGUGGUGAAUGGCUCCUGUGGUCAGACUGUACCGUGACCAUGACGAGACAAUCCUUGCUCACUUUAUGGACUUAUUUUGAGGAUCGUGCCUGCUGCUAAGUGGCAGCAUUCCAUUUACAAGUAAUGCAGUAUAUAGUUUCUGUACACACAGAACCCUACGGUUCUUUUUCUUUUAAUAGGGAAACUUAUUUGUGUAACUUAUGCAUGAAAGAGAGAUUUUAAAGCAUAUGUUUAAAAAAAGGACAAAAAUGCCUUAUUUUUAAUCAGAUUCUGGCAUCUCAGACAUUAUUCUGAGCCAGCCCAUGUUCAUGUGGAGCUUGUGUGGGGUGUAACUUGGGCCCCAGGUGGGCAUGGGCUUUGAGUGGGUUUGUACAUGUGUUGUUGGGUCCCCCAUCGUUAUAGCCCACCAUAACCUCAUAUGGAUCCCAUCUAGGCCCCAUGAGGAGUGUACUCCAUAAAUGGCGGGCAUCCCUGGGCUAACACGGAACCUGUGGACAAAUGUUUUGGUUGCCAGCUGGGCUACCUAUAAAGGUCAUAUAUGGGCACUGUAUCUGGAAGAUAUCUGGGUGGGUUCUCAUUUCUGGAAAGAGUCUAAAAAGUAAAGGACAGUAGUACUCAGCACCAGAUUAUAUAAACCAUUCUUUAUAACUAACACAGCUGCUUUUUCAUUGACCAAAAGAGGGCAAUCAACUAACUUGAUUACUCAGCCACUGUGUCUGUAUUGUAAAAGCCAAAAAUAAUUGCCAAAAUGUGACUUAGAGAAUACUUUUCAUCUAAUUGUAACUGAGCUAAUUUACUAUUUUAUUUUGAGGGUGAUGGAAUUGCUUUUUAUUUUAAUUAAAUCUAUUUUCAGGCUCACUAUUUUGAGAGCCCUUACAGAUUAUCUACAGAUGCUUAAAUCAUUAGCACAUUGUCUGUUUUUUUUUUUUUAAUACAUCAGGGUAAGGCUUGGUUUCAGGGGUACCCAUUCUUGGACCAGAUUAAAUGCAGCCUUCAGCUUCAACCCUCAACUAAUGCCUAACCCCAAGGUUACCACUGCAGGUAAUGAAGGCUUUCAGGGGCAUCAGAAUAUUAGAGACAGGUGUUUUGGAGCUGAAAGCUGCAAGGUGGUAUAUCUCCAGGAUCAGGAUCUUGCUUUUGGAUUCAAUUUAGGAUUUGACUAAAUAUAAAUGGAGUUCAUCUUUGGUCCUGUCCACACAUAUAUGGACAUUUUUAGGAACUGUAUUGUUUUUGGCAGCCCAUCCACAAUUUUUUUUUUUUUUUUUUGUUAAACUUCAAAAUGUUUUAUGUCUCUGAAGUACUAUCACACUAUAAGGCUUGCAUAUUUAUGCAAUAAUUUCCAUCUCGGUGUGGACAAGAUUUUUUUCAAAAUCAGAAGGAGGGAAAUGUUUUAAAAAUAUUUGGACAGGACCUUAAAAACAGAAUAAAAAAAAAAGAAUAGUGUUGAUUUGGAAAGUAUAUUCAAGUGACUUUUUUUCAUUGCUGACAAAAAGUGUUGUCAAGAGCUCAGAUGUUCCUUUAAAAUAUUAUGCUAUUGCAGGUAUCUGUAUUUAAUAUAAAGUUUAAUACAGACCAUACAAAUAAAUCAAUUCUGACAUCACAAGUCAAUGUUUUAAUAAUUGGUGUAAAAUGAAUAAUUCAAAAUCCUUUUGCUAUCUGGGCUCGUCAUAUUCUUCCCAAAAUGAUUUUUAGUUGAAUCUCAAUUAUUACCAUAUUUGUAUCUUUUUUUUUCCAUUUUCAGCUAAGAAUGGAAAAUAUGCUUCUAUGAAUGUUCUGUGAAUGAGUAAUCAGAAACAUUUUUUAAUUAAUUAGAUGCCAUUUCCUGCAUUCUGAUGUAUUUUAACAGGUUGGUAAAAACCUAAUUAUCUUAAAAUGAGACUUAAUUCAAUGAAUAUGUUAGGGUCAGUCGCAGCUCCCAUGUCAGCAGCUCUAGCUCUGUGCAGCACACUGGGCUCUCCAAAAACAAUGUUUGUGUCUUUACACAGCUAAGCUUAGCCAACCAAAACUUUUAUAUUUCAAACCACAAGCAGCUAGACAUCAUACUUUAGCCCUGCUGAGUUAGCUAGCAUUUAUAUGUGUGAUCAGAAACACAAUUUACCUCAUCAAAAAUGUUUUAAAAUAUCACACAGGUCGUUCUCUUUUUUUUCUCGUUCUCUGGCUGCGUCCAGGAUCUUUUGUUACUCCUCCUCUCCUACCCUGCAAGAAGGGUAGGAGCAGGACUACAUUAUAUUUUAUGUUUACCUUUUGUGGUCACAGAUUUUAUUUAUUUUAUGAAAGGAAAUAGCACCCACCAAUGCUUUAGCAUUAUUCAAAGAAUUUUUUUCUAGUUCCACAAUGUUGACUUUGUGUGUAGUAAAACAUGAUAGAG